AUGGGCCUGAGGGAUUCCAGAGGAUCCCUGAUGAGAGUGGGGCUGCUGGGGCUGGUGGCUGGGGCUGGGGCUGGGCUCUGUUACUGUGUUUACCGAGCGACCUCCAGGAAGAGAAAAAACGGAGGAGGAGAAGCAAGCCUGAAAGGAGAAAGCAUCCAGAAGGAACACGAGGAGAGACUGGGGCCCACCUCUUGGGGGGAAGCCCAGGUGACUGCCACCGGGCAGACCCCAAUCUUGGACGUUAACAUUUUCUCCAGCACCGGGCAGAAAGGUUCCAGCCAUCUCCAGCAAGCAGGCAUGAAUUUCCCAAUAUCUCCUGAUGGUCUAGCGGCAAACCACAUACACAGUCUUAUUUAUUUACUUGAGUCUGUGGAGGAUCCCUUAAUUCAGGAACAAGCCUUGAUUACACUGAGCAACAGUGCUGCCUUCUCUGUCAAUCAGGAUAUAAUUCGAAAUUUAGGUGGUCUUUCUGUUAUUGGAAGCAUGCUUUCAGUUCCAGCUACUAAUGUUAAAGAAAAAGCACUGAAUGCUCUUAAUAACUUGAGUAUGAAUAUUCAAAAUCAAGUAGAGCUAAAAAGAUACAUUGUCAAAAUCUGUGAGGAAACCAAUUCCUCACCCUUGAACUCUGAGCUGCAGCUGGGUGGUCUUCGCUUUUUAACCAAUAUGACUGUUACCAACGACUAUCAUUCCAUGAUGGCUAGCUCAAUUCCGUGCUUUCUCCGUUUGCUUUCAGAUGGAGAUGAACGAACACAGACUCAGGUUCUAAAAGUGCUUGUGAAUUUAUCAGCAAACCCAGCUAUGACAGAACAUCUUCUCAAUGCUCAGGCACCUUUCCUGUUAUCCCUGUUCGAUAGCUGCAUCAACAAAGAAGUCCUACUCAGAGUCCUGGUGUUUGCCACAAACUUGACACAGCAUAUGAAAAAAGGAGAGAGAGCGAUUGCCUCACAUCACAGCGAAGAUUCAGUUUUUUCCAUGCUUUGGGGGAAUUCAACUAAGUGUUCUCAAAAACUGGCAUCUCUGUUCCUCCAUCAUGACACAGAAGUCAAGGAACAAGUUGCCAAACUAAUAAUGCAGUAGUAAUUUAUCAGACUG